CGGGCAGGUGGGGGGCUGCGCGGUGCGGCGGGGGAUGCGGGCCCCGGGCGCAGCAUGCUGUGGGGGGUGGGCCUGGCGGCGCCCCGCUCCUGCGUGGCGGACCUGAGCCGCAACCGCAGCCUCUCGCUGGGGUGGUGCGCGGGGCCCGAGGAGCCGCCGCCCGCCCUCUAUGGGGGCGAGAUCGUCGCCUUCCCGCUGGCGGGCGGGGGCGCGGGCGGCACCAUGGCGGCGCUGGGCUCCGACUCCUGGUGGAAGAAGACGCUGUACCUGACGGGCGGCGCCCUGCUGGCCGCCGCCGCCUACCUGCUCCACGAGCUGCUGGCCAUACGGAAAGAGCAAGAGCUUGAUUCGAAAGAUGCUAUCAUCCUGCAUCAGUUUUCAAGGCCUAACAAUGGUGUUCCAAGUUUAUCUCCAUUCUGUCUGAAAAUGGAAACUUACUUGAGGAUGGCUGAUUUACCCUACCAGAACUAUUUUGAUGGAAAACUUUCCCCUCAAGGGAAAAUGCCUUGGAUUGAAUACAAUCACAAGAAAGUGUCUGGCACUGAGUUCAUUAUUGACUUUUUGGAAGAGAAACUUGGAGUGAAUUUAAAUAAACACCUUGGUCCGCAUGAAAGAGCUGUUUCCAGAGCUGUGACAAAAAUGGUGGAGGAGCACUUCUACUGGACUUUAGCUUAUUGCCAGUGGGUGGAAAAUCUUCAUGAGACGCAAAAGAUGGUUUCACUUUUUGGCCCCUUCAGUGACUUGCUGAAGUGGAUCCUCUGCCAUCUGACCAAAGGGAUUGUGAAGCGGGAAAUGUACGGCCAUGGCAUCGGCCGCUUCUCAGAGGAGGAGAUGUACACGCUGAUGGAGAAGGACAUGCGGACUCUAGCAGGCCUCCUGGGUGACAAGAAGUACAUUAUGGGACCAAAUGUUUCCACUGUUGAUGCCACUGUCUUCGGGCAUCUGGCACAGGCAAUGUGGACACUACCAGGGACUCGACCAGAGAGACUAAUCAAAGGUGAACUGAUUAACCUUGCUAUGUAUUGUGAAAGAAUAAGGAGGAAAUUUUGGCCAGAAUGGCACCAUGAUGAUGAUAACACUCUGUAUGAAUCUGAGGAAAGCAGCGAAGCAAGCAAGACUUACUCCCCUUUGCAGGACUUCAGUUUUUAUUCAAGGACAGAAACAUUUGAUGAGGAAGGGAACAGUAUUUCUCAAACCCCUGACACAGAUUACACUGGACAAUCCCUUUUUGAUUCGGAUGUGGACAUGGAUGAGUACAGAGAUCAUGAACAAUGCAAGUGAUGCGUACAAGCAUCUCCCAUUUUGAAGACAAGCUGUUUCUUGGGAUUAGUCUGAUUUAUUUUCUCCUUCAGGUCAGGAAGAGGUUUAUACCACUUUGGAAGAGACUAUUGUGCUUUGACUCAGCUGUCACAUGUUACCUGGACUAUUUCAACCUCAUUUCAUUUUGUGUAACUGUUCAGGUGGAACCAAGGUAAACAGUUAUUUAAAACACACAUGGGCAAACUGGAGGUCCAGAGGGCAACAGGACUGUUCAAUCUAUGUUUUUGUUCAUGUUCAAAACCAGAUCCUGUAACCAGGUGGGACAGAUCUCUGGGAAGUGGAGCAUUUGUCAGAGCUGGUUUGUGUUGAUAUCUUAUCUUUAUAGGAAUGGAUUGAGGACAAAAAUGGAAGAGGCAUGACUGGCACACCUUUCUCCCAUGGAAGAAAAUGAUUGAUGCUGUAUUGAUUUCGUGGAGUUUUGGGGGGGGAUUUUAUUUGAUAGCUACCUGUACUCUGGGUGCAUGUGUUAUUACAGUGUCUGUAGGAAACAACUGCUCCCAGUUCUUUCGGAGGCGGUUGAGGAAGACAGGAAGAAAACAUAUUCAUACAGAAAGGAGCUUUUUAGUGUUUCCUGUUCUUUGCAGAAGAUUGAAAUUGCUACUCUAGAAUAUUCAGAAGUGAAAUGUCAGUUUUAAUGUAUAAUCUUCCAGACACUCAUCUGGAAUGCGUGUUGGCCAAAUUUCUUCUGUGUUUUCAAAUUAUUAUUAUUAUUAUUAUGGUUUUACUUCCUGCCACUGGCUGUUGUCUGCUAUUGCUAGGCAAGGCUAAAGAAUUGGGAUUUGUUACUAAAAAUCUGGUGCAUCUCAGUAGUGGGUGCUUUGUGUUCUUUACCAACACACAUGUCAAACCCGUGAUGCUUGUGAAGCGAUUUGGAGUACUUCUAGGCAUGGGAUGCUGUAUAAAUGCAAGAUGUUGGCCCAGGCAAUCAAAUGCUUUAGAGCUGCCUAGGAAGGUGCUUCAGUGGAUGCUGGGCGCUGUGCUGGCUUACAGUGCACAAUACCUAAAUCUGAUGCACGGGAGGCAGUUGAGAUAGGACAGCUGUGUUAUCACUGCUGUCUUUGGGGAUUUCCGGGUGCUGAAAGUGUGACCAGAAUUGAUUUUAAGGUGCCUUUGCUAGCACAUCUGUGAAUCUGGAACCCCAAAUCCAGAAUGAUUGCACAGGUGCUGACAUGCUUCAUGUUUGUGUCUCCCUAAAUGCAGGUUAGAGGUGAGAAUGAAUCCAUUGGAUUUACUCACCACUUUGAAGGUAAGCAUGUACAUCAGUGUUGCUUGGCCAUGAUUAGUUGGUUUUAAGUAGAGAUAAAGCAUAUAGAAUAUAUAGACAGCUGUGGUAUUUGUAAACAUGCAUAUAAAAUCAGGUAUUUGCCUGCAGCCUUUGGUGGUGGCCCGUUUAAAAAUAUUUUAAUUAUGACUUUCUCAAUGAGUUACAGUUAGAUUAAUUGGGAUCCCUCAGCAAAAUUUUUAUAAUGUGUUGGUUGUGCCAUACGUUCUGGGAGCAGACAGGGCAGACAACUGCUUUAGGAUGUUAAUUGUUGGCAGUACUAAUAGUCUGGAGCUUGAAAUAAUUCCAGCUUUCAAAGAAUACUUCUCUUUCUUGGAUCGUGGAGUGUCUCCUACAGAGGAAAGUGCUUGCUCUGGGGAAACACUGAGCUAGCUGUGGCUCUGAAAGCAGGGACACAUGUCUGCAGCCAGUUCCCAGGUCUGUUCAUGCAUGGGAGCUGCCGCAGCGAGAGCUGACAGGUUUGGUGUGGUCUGAGAUGGGUGUGAAUUUGCACCUGUUUCCUCAAUUCCCCAGGUAUGUCCUUGGAGCCAUGUUGCAGUCAAUGGUCUCCGUUGUUGUGGGCAAGUAUCACUUGCAAAGUGAACCAAAAUCGAGAAGGAGGAAGGUAUCAUCCAGUUACUUGGGACCUUUCUUGGUAAACUAAGCACAGGAAUAGGGCACAAGAAGAUAAGUCUUGGGCUUGAAAGCACAGAGGUGGUGGCCUGAAAUGCUUGUGAAACUUCAUAGCCAAGUCAGGGCAGAUUCAACCUGCAAAAUGUAGGUAUUGGUGUUCUGGAUAAAAGGCAUCCAUGUCAAAAAGCUCUUCUUUAAAAACAUUUGUGUGUUGGAAAUUCUGAUAGAGAUGUUCUCAUGCAUUUACCCAUGCGUAUUUGAAGGCUGUGCUUUCUCCAUCUUUUCAGCGCUGGGAGGGUGUGCUUGCAGCAGAUGAGUCCCAGCUGUGAGUCACAGUUAUUAAAAGACCAGCCUGAGUUCAGUGGACCGUAUCACCUUUAUAAUUUUGCUGGGCUGACAGAUCUGUCCGUGGCAGUGGCCCUUGCAACAUCCCAAAAAGCGGGUUAACCAGAAGUCAGUGAUGUCAUUUUACCCUCCUGUGUGCAGGCAGCCGGAUCUGUAUUUUAUGUGGCCGCGUGCAGCAGCGGGCGCAGAGGUGGGAGAUGCCAACGCAGUGCACAGCACAGCCGCAUUUGUCUGCCGGCACUUGGAGCUGCUGGCAGGCCAGUGCUGCCACACCGCAGCCUGGGGACCUGCACCGAGGAUGUAGGUGCUUCGCAGGGCUGCAGUUAUGUUUGCACCUGAUGUUUUUUGCUUUUGUUUCAAAUAACUGGUGUGCCUCAGCAGAGGCUGAACCUCACCCUGACUGGCCAGGUAAUGGGCUUGCCCCUGGGGAGGUUGAAGAGAGGAUUGGAAGGGGUUGCAGAAGGCGAAGCAGCUCUUUGCUGUCGGCUGAGUGUUUCAGGGUGUUAAUCGUUGAGGUGAAUGUAUUUUGUGGCUCAUCACAUGCCCUCCGUUUCUGAGGGACUACUCAGGUUACUUCAGAGGAGAAGUUAGUUGGCUUUCUCCUCAUGACAGCUACUCUUGAUAAAGUCUGUGUUUUUGGGUUGGCUGUGUUUCAAACUAGAGGUGAAAUUAGGAAACAGUAUCUCUUUAGGAAUUUAUAGGUGUAGUAUUUUGUCCAUGUUUGGUAGGAAAGCCUUGGGUUUGUUUAUCCGUUCAGAAACAAAUACUGACUGUUAGACCUCUUUAAAAGGAUUUAAUCCAAGCUUUUUUUCUUUUGGAAGCUGGUCUUGGUGAAGUGUUCGGGGGGGGGGGGGGAAUCUUUAAAAACAAAAAAACA